UUUCGGGACAAACCUUCGGCUCUUUCCGUAGAACAGAAUCGCGAUGCCGGUCUUUCCCUCCGCAGGUGCUGGCACAGCAGUCAGUCACCUGCCGUGUAAGUUGGUCGAUGGACGUCGGACACGGUGGACAGCAAGAGGAGCAGCUCGUUGUGCUGUGCGGUGCUCACUAAGGAAAAGCUGCUUACUUAUCUCACACAGACACACACAUCUAUACAAUACCCAUUCACACACUUACACACAGAAACACACCAGACUGAAGAUAACCAGCCGCCGCCCGGACGUCUUCCUGCUGAGACGCAGCAUGUGGGAGGAGAACUUUGACACAGAGCAUGAGGUUGGCCGUAAGCUUGACUACUCGCCGGUGUCGUGGCGGGAGUAUUUUGACCAGAUGGAGGACGUGAGCGUGGGGCCGGCCGACAGCAGGGACGUCUUCAGGAUUUACAAAGCGGGUAGUGACGGGCCUCUGCUGGUUCUGCUGCACGGAGGAGGACACUCGGCCCUGUCCUGGGCCGUCUUCACCACAGCCAUCGCCAGCAGAGUGACCUGCAGGGUACUCGCCAUGGACCUCAGGGGUCACGGUGCCACCCUGGUCCGUCUGUCCGAUGACUUCUCCACUCAGACUAUGUCCAGCGAUGUAGCCAAUGUGAUUCGAGCCUGCUACGGCGAGACCCCUCCCCCCAUUGUCCUGAUUGGCCACGGCGUUGGCGGGGCGAUCGCGGUACAUACGGCCAGCAACAUGCUGCUGCCGACCACCGUGGGUCUGGUGGCCAUAGACGUGGUGGAAGGCAGUGCCAUGGACGCGCUGCACAGCAUACAGAACUUCCUGAAGGGAAGACCCAAGUCCUUCAAGUCCAUGGACCACGCUAUAGAAUGGAGUGUGAAGAGUGGACAAAUCAGGAACCUGGAAUCUGCCAGGGUCUCCAUGGUUGGUCAGAUCAAAAGAUGUGAGGUGGAGGAGGCCGACACUCUGGAGCAGGCCAGCCCGGUGACCGACGUGGUCGUCGAACGCAACGAGGAGUUCUACGAUCAGAGCUACGUAAAUGACAAAGAAAACGCCGCCUCAGAGGUGAGCCUCAGCGAAGGCCAGAGUGUGUACAAGUGGCGUAUAGACCUGUCAAAGUCAGAGAAGUACUGGGACGGCUGGUUUAGAGGAACAUCCAACCUGUUCCUCGCCUGUAACCUGCCUAAGCUCCUGUUGCUGGCGGGAAUCGACAGGCUGGACAGAGAUCUGACUAUUGGCCAGAUGCAAGGUAAAUUCAUGAUGCAGGUGCUGCCCCCCUGUGGUCACGCAGUGCAAGAGGACAAACCAGAGAAAGUGGCUGAGGCUGUGGCCGCCUUCCUGCUGAGACACAAGUUUGCUGAAGCCAGAAGAGAAAGCCGAAGCUCCAACUCCCAACGAUGAAGUCUGCAGACAAGAAAUAAGAAGCUGCAGCUUCAGAGACGACUGAAGACCAGUACACUCCUCUGUCUCUGUCCAUCUUCAGCUCUGAUCAGUAGCUGUGAAAGUCUCUAGUUUAAACCUCGAAAGCUGAAACUGACUGAAUCUAAUGAUGAUGAUGAGCCAUUUGUGAUUUGCUGCUGCAGGAGGUAAAGUUUCUGUUCUGUUCUCAUAAACUGUCAAAGCACAGAAUCACUGUAAAACAUGAAGAUCACAUCAGGACAAACGACCAUUUACAGAUUAAAGUACAUUUGCUUUGACUUUUUGUCUCCGUCCUCAGCAGAUCUCAGACUGACUGAAUGUGUUUGAAUGAAGGGUGAAUACAUGAACCAGAGGUCGUGCUUUAGAGAUCAGCACUGAAAUGUUUACUUGGUUUGUUGCUGAGUUAGUGACAGUGAAUAAUAAGCAGCUUAAAAAUGCAGAGUAUUAAAGUUUCACAGCUGAAAUGUUUCACACAGUUUGGUUGACGAACUUCAAACUUUUUUUUUUUCCAGCUUCACUGUUUGUUGGGUCUGUGUGUUCAUGCCAAAGUGAGUCCAUGAAACUUUUACAGCUUUAAGAAAAACCCCAGAUAUAUUCAGUUUAAUUUACAUUGUUGUUAAACCAAACUUUUACCAGCAAGCAGUAAAUAAUUUAACGGUGGCUCGAAGUUCUGUCUGCUCAGUUUUACUGAUUUUAUUAAGUUGUAUUUUAAAGUUAAAGACUUUAUUGUGUGUUCAUGGUACACUGCUCAGCUUAGCAGCUAGCUAGCACUAAUGCUAAUAACAUGAGUGAAACGUGCUAACGUUAUCUCGGCUCUCAUGAAGAACAGGAACGUUGGCGGUGUCUGGGCAGCCAAUCAGCAGCGAGAUGUUUGUUCUGUUAGUGCGAGGAGAUAAAAACGACUUGUCAUCCAUGUUUGUCUGUGUUGGACGUCAGUUUUCACACUGUGUUAGCGUUAGCGCCCGUUCAGCCGUGUCCUCAGACAAAUGUUUGUUGUUCGGUAUAAAGUUU